AUGCAAUCUUCUCAAGAUGCAGUAAAAAUUGUUGUUAUUGGAGAUCAAAGUGUUGGUAAGACUUGUGUCUCAGGAAGGCUGGUUGAUGGUUCAUUUAAACCAGAUGAAAAAUCAACAAUUGGUGCAUCAUUUGUAACAACAUAUCUUCCUAUUGAUGGGAAUAAUGUAAAAAUUGUAAUUUGGGAUACAGCUGGACAAGAAAAGUAUCGUUCAAUGGUAGGAAUGUAUUACCGAGGUGCUACAGUAGCAUUAAUUUGCUAUGACAUUACAUCAAGAUCAUCAUUUGAAUCACUUGAAGGAUGGUAUACUGAUUUAAUGAAAGUAGCAUCGAGUGAUAUUUCUGUUGCAAUUGUUGGUAAUAAAAUUGAUCUUGAAGCAACUCGAGAAGUUCAAACAUCAGAUGGUCAAUCAUUUGCAGACCAACACAAUGCUUUAUUUUUUGAAGUUUCAGCAAAAACAGGACAGAACGUGACAGAACUAUUUGUCGAAGCAACAAAACGUUCAAAAAUUCCAACAGUUUCAAAUAAUGGAAUGUCACAAGACAAUGUGAAUGUGUCAAAUCCAGUAAACCCACAACCUUCAAAAAGAAGAUUUUGUUCGAUUUUUUAAAUUCAAUUCUUUUCUUCUUUU